AUGAAAUCUGUUUCUGUGCAAAGAAAAGAAGAGAGUGAAGAAGAGGAUGGUGGUGAGGAUGACGCGGAUGUUGACGGAGAAAACAAGUCGGGGGAUGAAACAGUUCCAUUGCUGGAUCAAAGCCUGGAAAUAUCAGAGAGAAAGAAGGUGGAAAGAUUCACAGAAGACUUCAAUGACCUUAAAGAAACGGAGGCAAUUAAAAUACCAAAAGGUAAAGGAACUCCCGUGAGUGAAAUAUCAAGAACUGACGCAUUUAUCAAGAAAUUCAAGGCUGAUGCUGUAACGCAGCUUCACAGAGUUCUGUUCAACAGAGCUGGGAAGGUCACUCUUGUGAGAAACAACAUACGGGAAUUCUGUGGGUUUGACUUUGACGAAAGGUCACACCAGUAUGAAAAGAAGAAACACAUUCUGAGCAGGAUGGAAGUGAGUGUCUUGAAAACAAUUUGGUGUAUUUUAGACUUUGAGAAAAAGGGAAAAUGUGAUGAACUUGUAGAGAGAAUUUCAACAUUUUUGUUAGAGCCCACAAGCUCUGGAGCGCCUGUUCCUGACAGCAGACCAAAGCGCUCUACAGCCCAAAAGACCAACAACAAAAGAUAUUCAGAAUCGGAAAAUGAAACAGAGAAAAGAACACAUCGUUCAAAAAGGCAAACGCGCAUAGAAAGAGCUUAA